AUGAUCUACAAUAAUUAUUUAAAAAAUAUUCCUAAAUACUUUUCAUCAAUUUUUCGAUUUUAUUUAAUUAUUUAUUUUGUCCUACAUUCUGUUAAAGCCGAACAGAGGAUUGUUGAAGAGCCUGAGGAUACUGUAGCCAGAAUCGGAGAGACUGUUUUACUUAAAUGUAGAGUUCAAAAUCAGAAAGGACAUGUUUACUGGAUGAAAGGAGAAGUAGGUCUAGGCCAUAAACGGGAUAUGCCUUUUUUCGAGCGUAUGUCAAUGAUUGGAAAUGUUGACGAUGGAGAAUAUCACCUUCAGAUAAAGAAUGUGUCUCUUGCAGAUGAUGACAAUUAUAGAUGUCAACUUACUCCAACAGAUGAUGAACCAACUCCUAAACUUUCUAAAAGAGUUAAAUUAACAAUUAUUGUCCAACCCAAAGACCCUAUACUCGUUGGAGAAUCCAUUGAAGGUGGACUGACUUCAUCAAGUAAAAAUCAACAAUUAAUUGGGCAAUUUAAUCAAAUAGCUGCCACAGAAGGGCAUUCACUCCAAGUUAGUUGUCAAAGUAGGGCUGGAAGGCCAGCAGCACAAAUUAGUUGGGUUUUGGCUGAAGAUUGGUUAGGAAAAAGAAUUAUUGCGCAUAUUAUACCAUCAAAUAACGAAACAGAAACAACAACAGUUUUUAGAUAUCAAACAAAUAGAGUGCCUUUCCCCUCUGCUGGACAUCCUUUACGCCACUCCCGUGGAAGACGUCUACUUGCUAACAUUACAGAAUUUCGAGACUUAGAUGGAGACAGUCAACUUUACAGUGUUAUAAGCAAUUUAAAUUAUUCGCCUUCUCGGGAUGAUAAUGGACAUUUUUUGGUUUGUAUGGCAACACACGAAGCUUAUGGAAAGGAGGCAAAAACAGCCAGUAUUUCUUUGGAUGUAUUCUAUCCCCCCAAAAUCAGAGAGUCUGGCUCAAUUCGUUUACUUUGCAGAAGCGAUUCGAGGCCAAAUGAAGAUUUAAAGUAUUCUUGGAAUUGGGAUGGAGAACCUAAAAGAUUGGAAAUAUUAUCAAAUCAUCGUAUCUCAAUUUCCUCUCUUCGAUUUAAUGAUAAUCUUAAAAAAGUUAAUUGUACAGUAGAAAAUUCUGUUGGAUUUGGAAGUUCUGCUUUUGAAUUGAAUGUUCCUUUUGGACCUCGUUUUAUGUCUACAAAUCAAACUAAAAUAAUUGAUAGAGGUUCUGAAACAACUUUUCAAUGCGAGGUUCUCGGCAAUCCAACGCCUAUUAUUCGUUGGUAUCAUGGAAGGGAAAAAGAGACACCAAUUCACGAAGGAGCAAAUUUAACAAUCAAAAAUGCGCAGGAUUGGGAGGAAGGAGAAUAUAGGUGUAUUGCCGAGGUGGAAGGCUUUCCUUCAAAAACAUUGUAUCAUCAAUUAUACUUAAAAGGACCUCCAAAAGUCAGAUUUAUAGAGUAUAUACUAUCUGAAAAUGAAAAGGAUAUUACUUUAAUUUGUGAGGUACAAUCAAGAGUAUUGCCAGUUAAUAUCCAAUGGUUCCAUAAUGGUCGUAGAAUGGAUGUUGCAGAACGUAUUAGAACGGGUGAAGGAGAUGGAAAUAACAACAAAAACAAAAAUCGUUUCCAAGUUAACGAUGAUAAAUUGGGCAAACAUUUAAUGCUAUCGAAAAUGACAAUUUUUGAUUUUGUUGAACAAGAUUUGGGGUUGUGGAAUUGUUCAGCACGUAAUGAUUAUGGGGUUAUUUGGGAACAAAAAGAUGUUAGAUUACUUGGAAUUUUAGACAAAAUUGAAAUUCAAUGGAGGGAAAUGCCUUUUCAACUGCGCAUAGUUUUCGGAUCUGUAAUUUUCUGUAUUUUUGCCGUUUUAUUUCUUCUUUUACUUGUUUGGCUUAUUUGGAGAGGUUGUUGUUGUUGUGAUAGACGAAUUGGGCAUUCAAAAAUGUCAAAUAAUAGUAGCUAUCCGAAUGGAGGUUCUAUUUCUGUAAAAUGCGAGCCUGUUGAUGGCAUGACAGCAAGUGAGAGUUGCGGAACCCCUCCCUAUCCCCUUCCUCAACAAUAUUUUUACAAUAACGAAGCUGGUGGAUUAACAGCAGAACAGUAUCCCCCUCCAAACGGAAAUAUUCAUUUUCCCCCAGAAAUGUUAGACCAACAGCAAAUGUUAUUUGAAUAUGAACAACAACAACAGAUUUAUGGAAAUGGGAAUAAUGGAUAUCUUUGUGAAGAUAAUAAUUCUACAAUAUUUGAUCAACAACAAAUAAAUAAUAAUGGUAGAAGAAGUAGUGCUUCUACAUUUAAUAAUAACAAUCUUGUUGGUGGUGGUAGUGGUGUUUAUUGCCCUUCUAUGCAAUUAAGCUCUUUUGAUUAUCAACAACCUAAUGGAUUAAUUCAAAAUGGAGGUAAUAAUGGAUAUAUUAUUAAUGGAAGUGGUCUACCACGAAUACAAUUAAAAUCUCCCCCUUCACAACAACAGCAACAUUAUUCUUAUUUUUCUUCUCCUUUAGAAACACUCAGAGAAGUUGGAAGUCCUCCAAAACACGAAGAUGCUCCUCUAAUUAUUGGAAUUGAUUCUAAUCAAAAUUGUUUAGAGAGGUCUUUGUCUAGAAAUUCCACUCAUGUCUAGAUUAAUGACCUAAUAAAUGAAAAACUUUAAAAUGCCCAAGUUUAUCAGUAUUGUUGAACUUCGAUAUAAGCGACAAUUCCUAAAGAGUUCUCAGAAUUUUUAAUUUUUACCUUCUCUUUUGGGCACUAAUCUAGACUUUAAAAAUCACCAAUAUUUAUUUAAUCUAUAUACUAUUCCCUCAAUAUAUCCUCUCAUUUGCGGGUUUCCAACCACUUCUCUAUGGCUUUUUAUUAAAUACAAAUUAUU